AUGACUUCCACUGCUGGCAACAACGCCGAUUACUUCGCACACGAGGAUCUGCGGGAUGUAUUUGGGGCCGGCCCGCGUGUGCAGGCCAAAAUCAAGAACAACGAAGGCUCAUCCGCAACAUGCUGGAUAGAAAGAGGCGGUUUUAUUCUGCCGCGUCAAUGUCAAAGGGGCAACAUCGUUUUAUUCGCUGAGGACGAACGCUCGAAGUUUGUAUUCGAGAGCGGGCGUACUCUCGGGCUCGUCGUGAACAUCGUCGGCGUCACCUACGAGAUGGCGGUCGUGCAGCGUCUGCUGCCUGUCGAGGCUAUCUACCAGGCAAUAGAGAGCCCAAGCAGCAAUAUCUCCGGUCGCAAACUGCUGGCAAGCACGCUGGACCUCCACCACAUGCAGCGUAACGAGCUCGUGCUCGUUGACGCGUAUGAGUUCCUACGCUAUACGCAGAUUAAGGACAUCGUGCAAGAGCAGGAGGUGGUCACCAAGCGCUUCCACACCGGCCCUCGCGUUCGCUGGACGGCCAGCGGCCAAGUAUACAUACAGUUCCCCACGCGUCAUUAA